AUGAAGCUGCUAAAGCCGAGCUGGGUGAGCCACAACGGCAAACCCAUAUUUUCAGUUGAUAUUCAUCCUGAUGGGACAAAAUUUGCAACUGGAGGGCAAGGGGAGGAUUCGGGGAAGGUGAUGAUCUGGAACAUGGCGCCUGUCCUCCGAGACGAGGACGAGAAGAACGAGAAUAUUCCCAAGAUGCUUUGCCAGAUGGACAAUCACUUAGCGUGUGUGAACUGUGUGCGCUGGUCAAACAACGGGCUGUACCUGGCGUCAGGAGGAGACGACAAGCUGGUCAUGGUGUGGAAGAGAGCUGCAUUCAUCGGUCCCAGCACAGUGUUCGGGUCGAGCAGUAAGCUGGCCAACGUGGAGCAGUGGAGGUGUGUGACCAUCCUGAGGAACCACACUGGAGACGUGAUGGACGUGGCUUGGUCUCCGCACGACGUUUGGCUGGCUUCCUGCAGCGUCGACAACACCAUCGUCAUCUGGAACGCUCGCAAAUUCCCAGAGAUGGUGACGUGUCUUCGGGGACACACUGGGCUGGUUAAAGGUCUGACGUGGGACCCUGUAGGGAAGUACAUCGCCUCCCAGGCCGACGACCACAGCCUCAAAGUGUGGAGGACGGUGGACUGGCAGAUGGAGGCCAACAUCACCAAACCCUUCAAUGAGUGUGGAGGGACGACUCAUGUCCUGCGUCUGUCCUGGUCUCCGGACGGUCAGUACCUGGUGUCGGCUCACGCCAUGAACAACUCCGGCCCCACCGCUCAGAUCGUAGAGAGAGACGGCUGGAAGACCAACAUGGACUUUGUGGGCCACCGUAAAGCCGUGACCGUAGUGAAAUUCAACCCAAAGAUUUUUAAGAAGAAGCAGAAGAACGGCAGCUCUCCGAAGCCCAGCUGUCCGUACUGCUGCUGCGCCGUCGGCAGCAAAGACCGAUCGCUCUCCGUCUGGCUGACCUCUCUGAAGCGCCCCCUGGUGGUCAUCCAUGAUCUGUUUGAUAAAUCAAUUAUGGACAUAUCCUGGACUCUGACAGGUCUGGGGAUGUUGGUGUGUUCGAUGGACGGUACCGUGGCCUACCUGGACUUCUCAUUGGAUGAACUGGGAGACCCGCUGAGUGAGGAGGAGAAGAACACCAUCCAUCAGAACAUCUACGGUAAGAGUCUGGCCAUCACCAGCACCGAGGCUCAGCUCUCCACCACCAUCAUCGAGAACCCAGAGAUGCUCAAAUACCAGCAGGAGAGGCAGACCACUGCUCAGACACAUUCAGGACCAGCUGGUGUCGGACCUGAAGCCUCCACCCCCAAACUGAACAGCGUGAUGAACGGAGAGUCUCUGGAGGACAUCAGGAAGAACCUCCUGAAGAAGCAGGUGGAGACGAGAACGGCCGACGGCAGAAGACGAAUCACACCGCUGUGCAUCGCUCAGCUGGACACAGGGGAUUUCUCUCCAGCUCUGUUUAACAGCGCUCCCAUCCUGCCGUCUGGAUCGUCGAUGUCCAACCAGCUGACCUCUCAGCUCAGCUCUGACUCCAGCCCAGGUCAGGCCUCCUCUCUGGGGCUGCGGCCCGGCCACGACUCCAUGCUCAACUUACCUCCACCCAACAGCACCAGCAAGGGUCUGGAGGACAACAAGGACGGUGUGAAGUCCACUCUGCUGCUCACUUCUGCCUCCAAGAUAGAGCCGAUGAAAGCUCUGGACUCCCGCUUCACAGAGAGGUCAAAGGCCACGCCGGGCGUCACUGCUGCCAUCACCUCCACCACAGGACUGUCUCCUCUGGACAGGACAAAAGACGGCAUCUCCGCCCUGAAAGACAUCAAGUCCAAAGAAGACACCAGCAGCGACAGCGAGGACAAGAUGGCCGCCAUCAACAAGAAUCUGUCGUUCACCAAGAGGAAAACCGACAUGCUGAUGGACGGAGGAGAGGUGGUGGAGAAGAGGAAAAAGGGACGGCCCAGGAAAGACAAGAUGGCCACUACGGUCGCCCAGCCCUUCACUCAGAUUACUCCUCCAGCAGAGCGGGAGCCCAGCAGGGUGGCAGCUCCUCCGCCUCCCGUCGCUACUCUCAAACUUCCAACGCCGAGCAUCAAGAAGUCCUUCAGCCUGCAGGUGAGCAUGGAGCCCUCGGUGUUCGUGGAGGUGGAGAACGAGGUGUCGGUGGUCGCGGGUUCAAAGCUCAGCCAGCUGAGAUGCUCCAGAGACGGAAGAGACUGGAACACACUGCUGCCAAGCUCAGUGGUCACUGCUGCAGGGAGCAGUGACGUCAUCGCCGUCGCCUGUCAGGACAGGAUGUUGUCGGUCUUCUCUUCCUGCGGCCGGCGGCUCCUUCCUGCCAUCCAGCUGGCCACGCCGGCCUCAGCGCUGCACUGCUCCCUCCACUUCGUCAUGGCGCUGACGGCCGGAGCCACGCUGUUCGUCUGGGACGUUCAGAAGCAGAAAGCUCUGGUGAAGAACGAGUCUCUGCAAACCAUUUUAACUGGUGCUGACAUCACAGUGUCUCACUCCAUGCUGACUCAGCAGGGCGUCCCCGUCAUCGGUCUGUCCAACGGGAAGUCGUACUGCUUCAGCUCCUCACUGGAGACGUGGACUCUGAUAGCAGAUAAAGGAGACUCUCUGGUCCAGUGUGCUGACUUCAGGAGCUGCCUUCCUACCCAGGAUGCACCUGUGUCCUCAGGGCCACUGGCCGUCAUGCAGGGGCGCAACCUCAACGCUGGGCGGCUGGCGUCGCGGCUCUCCUCCACCCCUCACCACCUGCAGCAGAGCAUGACACUGGCCUUCCUGGAGAACCAGCUGGCGUCUGCUCUCACCCUGCAGUCAGCACAGGAGUAUCGCUACUGGAUGCUCAUCUACGCCCGAUUCCUCGUCAACGAAGGCUCAGAGUAUCGUCUCAGAGAAUUGUGUAAGGAGCUGCUCGGUCCUGUUCAUAAAUCAGCUGCUACAGCCUGGGACCCCACCACUCUGGGUCUACGUAAGCGAGAGUUACUGCGGGAGGUUUUACCCGUCAUCGGUGAAAACCUGCGAUUCCAGAGACUUUUCACUGAAUACCAGGAUCAGCUGGAGCUGCUGCGCAACAAAUAACACACACACAAACUGCCACACACACACACACACACACACAAACACAGAGACACACGGACUCACAAACACACUCGGACUCAUUGUGAAACUUCGUCCCGGCUCGGGGUAAAUACUGACUGCUCUCAUCACGUUUGGGAAGCUUGGAACUCUCUCCUGGCUCAAACCUGGAAAAAUGACUCCUGGUUGGUUUUUUUCUUCCUGGAGAACUUUUUUUAAAAAAAGCCACGACACAGAUUUUGAAGCGCUGGGACUUUGUCAGUGCUGCCGUCACCGUAGGGAGAGAUGUGGGUGCUUCUUUUCUUUUUUUUCUAAUCACGACUUUGGUUUGAACAGUUUGUCUUUUUGUUUUCUUACUAAAUGUGUUGUUUUAUGUUUCUUUUCCUGACCUCUCUCUGCACCUCUCUCUCUCUCUCUCUCCUGCCCUCCUAAUCAUGAAGCUUAAAUGAUUCCCUUCAGAGAGACGGUGCUAUAGAAAGGUGACAGGUUUGGUUCCUGUUAAACUGCCAAAACGCCCCGGUGUGAAUCGUAAUGAACAGACAGAGCAGCGCUGAGAGGCUCGUUAGAGACAAACAGAAGUGAUGAUGGAUGUAUAGAAGCAAUAUGCUCGUACCAAAGUGAUGCCUUUAGACGUUAAGAAGAAGAAGAAGAAACAGUCCUGCACGUGUGAAGUGAAGCAAAUGAAGAGCGAUGGAAGACUCAAACAGGGUUGUUUUUUACAGGCAGGAGACGAUCAAUGUGGUCUCACAUGAAUCUUCCUGAUAGGCGUUUUCUGAGUGUAGCGUAUUUAAAUAUGGCACAAAAGAGGCUGAAAUUAACAGCAAAGGAAGAAAGAUGAGGAAUUAAAUUCUGAUCGACAUCUAGGAUGGAAGACGGCGACGUUUGAUAAAGUAAACGGUUGAAAAAAGAAAGUUUGCUGCUGAUUUGAAGCCAUGAAAGCAUUCACACGUUAGAGCACUUAAUAUGAGUUUAGAAAAUAAAAUGUCCAGCUGACUGGUUUAUUAAAUGUAGACUAAACGACGAGCUCACAGGAAUCCCUCGUACAUCUGAAGAAGAUAGAAGUGGUCCGCUCAUUAAUCAAACCAUCAAAUCUAUGAAUGACUUAUUAAACCGAGUUCUUGAUAUUAAGACAUUUUUUUAAACGUUCAUUUGAAGCCACGAUACAACAUGUAAAAUAUACAGCGUCUGACUUUCUCCUCUAAAAACAAGACGAUCGAGUGUUUUCAAGCCGUUCCGUCGAUGACUUUUUAUUAUUAUUACUCCGUUGUUUUUUUGGAUAAAUGAAUUAAAAGCCAAAUGUAAACUUCAUUACGACGUCUCAGAUGAAAUCAUUAACUUCCUGUCUGCAGAUGUUCAACAGGAACUUGGCUUUUUCUUAGAAACAUCCGUCUUGAGUUCAGACGCAGGAUUUUGGGUUGUUUUUUUUGUAGCGGUCAUAUUUGCAUUACACAUGAUGGAGGUGCGUCAUAAUCUCUUUUUAUAUGUUAAUGAUUUGACUCACACUAUGAUGAUAUGACUUCUACUACUACUACUACUUCUGCUGCAGCUUUUUAUACUUUAAAUCCAACAAUAAUAGUAGCAGUGGGUUUUUUUUGGAUGUGAGCUUCUUUCUUCUUUUUUUUUGGAGA